AGAGGAUAUGGAGCAUAACAAAGUAUUAGCCAAGCUGGUGAGGAUGCGGUGUACGAGGCGGUUCUCGCCAGGAGUUUGUGUCAACGAGGUGGCUCCGGUGUGGACCUUCGAUUUCUUGGCGCAGAACUGCACAGAAAGACUAGGCUGCGCAAACAACUAUCGCUCCAACCGAUUCCGAAGCUACCGUACAUGCAUGCGACGCUGCCGCCCCCUCUUGGACAUCUACUUGAAGAUGGUGGAGUACCAGGAGAGGAACUCCUCAGCUAAUGGCAGCGACAGCGACGAUAGCAGCGAUGAGGAGAAGUAUUAUGAUGAAUGGGAGGCAAAUGUGACGGAACACCAUGCUAGUUAUACGGAGAACAGAUAUUUGGAUUCGGGGAAUUUGACUGAUGAUUUAAUUUUGAGGGCAAAGUCUACAAAACACCAAGGUUCACCGACAUCAAGGUCACGGUCACCUUCAAGGUCAAGGUCACCAACAACCGUGACCCCAGCUGACCUGACCGAGGAUUUUGAAGAGGAGGAAUAUGACGAGGAAGACCAGCGGGCCACUUUUGUAGUGUACAAGGAAACGGAUAUUGACGAAGCUAUAAUGUUGCCAGAUGUGGAUUAUGUACCUGGGGUUAUUAGCUCGGAGGUUGAUAAGUUGUAUGGGUAA